CCCCGCCCGGGCGUGUGCGCUCUGCUCAGCCCCGAUGGGGGGACUCGGAGGCUGCGGGGCAGCUGGCGAGGGGCGCUCCUCUGCUCGUGAGCACUGAAGCGGGGCAGUGGGCCAGCGCGAGCCUUUCUUCCUGCGCGAUUCCCGCGGCUCCCUGUAGGAGGUGAGCGUCCCCAGGCUUGGGCCAGUGGCGUCGUAGGGCAGAGCUGGGAGCGGGCUCCGCCGGGCGGAUCGGCUCGGACUCCGCGGCGCUGCGGCUCCUGCGGCCGGCUUUGACAGAUCGAGUCCGAGGCAAUUGAAGAGUUGCAAAGAGGUGAUUUCAAAGCCUCUUCUGAUUUUCAAAGGCAACCUGUGACAGGAAGAAUUAAAAGCCAAGCCGACUGGGGAAGGCCGAGUUUCACCAAGGGACCAAAAUGGCGUCUCAAUGGAUGGUUACCAUGUUGGGGCUGAUGAAUUGGUGUUUGGUGACAACAGGUCCUGUGCCUCCGACAGAAUGUGUCCUCUCCCCUGUCAACUCCUCACACCCUGUCCAAGCUCUGUUGGAGAGUUUCACUGCCUUGUCCGGCUGUGCGAGCCGGGGCACAACCAGUCUUCCUCAGGAGGUACAUGUCCUGAAUCUCCGGAAUCCUGAUGAAGGACCUGGCCAGCCUGAGAGAGAGAUCACCCUGCACCUGAAACCCAUCUCCUCAGUACACAUUCAUCAGAAGUCUUUUGUGUUCCUGCUCAAUUCCCCUCAGCCUUUGGUCUGGAAGUUAAAGACGGAGAGGCUCGCUCCUGGCAUCCCCAGAUUUUUCUUUGUGUCAGAAGGCUCUGUGGUCCAGUUUCCAGAAGGAAACUUCUCCCUUUCAGCAAGAACAGAAGAAAGGAGCUUUCCCCAUGGAAAUGUCCAUUUGUUGCACUGGGCCCAGAAGGAAUAUGGAGCAGUCACUUCUUUCACCGAACUCAAGAUAUCGAGGAAUGUUUACAUCAAAGUGGGGGAAGAUCAAGUUUUUCCUCCCACUUGCAACAUUGAGAAGAAUUUUCUGUCCCUUAAUUAUCUUGCGGGAUAUCUUCAGCCAAAGACGGCCGAGGGAUGUAUAAUGUCCAGCUUGCCUCACGGCCAGGAAGUACACAUCAUAGAAUUAAUCACACCCAACUCAAAUCCUUACAGCGCUUUCCAGGUGGACAUUGUAAUUGACAUCAGACCAUUUCGAAAGGAACCUGAGAUGGUCAAACAUGUCGUCCUGAUCUUAAAGUGCAAGAAGGCUGUCAACUGGGUGAUCAAAUCCUACGAUGUCAAGGGAAGCCUUAAAGUGAUUGCUCCAAAUAGCAUUGGCUUUGGGAAAGAAGGCGAGAGCUCCAUGGCUGCAACAAAAUCCGUAAGAAAUGAUAUUCCUUCAACUCAGGAAAAUUUGGUUAAGUGGGCCUUCAAUAACGGCUACGGUCCAGUGACAUCCUACACCAUGGCCCCAGUGGCUAAUCGAUUUCAUCUUUGGCUUGAGAAUAAUGAGGAGAUGAGCGACGAGGAGGAGCACUCGGUGCCCCCCGAGCUGCAGAUCCUCCUGGGAGGCAGCCCCCUGCCGGCCCCGGAGAGCCCCGCCGGAAGCUUCCCCUUCCCGUUCCCUCCCAUCCACCGGAAAGGCCGGCGCGAGGAGAAGGCCGGGGAGGGGCUGCCCCCGCCCAAGAGGCCCCUGCCCCCCACGCUCGCGCUGUUUCCCGGGCCCCUGGAGCCGCAGGAGGCGCAAGGACACGCGGACGUCCCCUUCUCCGUCACCUGCGACGAGCACAAGAUGGUCGUGGCUAUGGAAAAGGAGGCUCUGCAGGCGACCGGCUACACAGGGACGGAUCUUUCCCUGUCGGAUCCCACCUGCAAAGCCAAGACCAACGGGACCCAUUUCAUCUUGGAAUCCUCCCUGAAAGCCUGUGGGACCCAGCAGCGCCCGUUGGCCCCCGACAGCACGGUGUAUUAUAACUCGAUUAUAAUGCAGGUAUCAGCCCCCGGGGACAGCAGUGGCUGGCCCACUGAUUACGAAGACCUGGAGUCUGGCAAUAAUGGCUUUCCAGGAGAUACAGAUGAAGGAGACAGCUUCUUCAUAAGCAGGCCUGAGAUCAUCGUGUUUAACUGCAGCCUGAGACAGACAGGUAUUCCAGAAGUAUCCCAUCAGCCCCAGGCCCAAAACAUCACCUUCAACAUGGAACUGUAUGAUACAGACCUCUUCCUGGUGUCCAACUCGAGUAUCUUAACAGUGGCCAAAAAUGGGUACAUUUAUGUUGAGGUCUCUGUUACCAAGGCCGACCGAGACGUGGGAUUUGCCAUUCAAACGUGUUUUAUCUCUCCGAAUGCCAACUCUGACAGGAUGUCUGAUUACACUAUCAUCGAGAACAUUUGUCCUAAAGAUGAAUCUGUGAGAUUCUAUUCUCCCCAGAAGGCCCAUUUCUCUCGGUUCCACACUCAUAUGGACAAAAAGAGAUUUAGCUUCAGACUUAAACCCAUUUUUAACACUUCCCUGCUCUUCCUACAAUGUGAACUCACCUUGUGCACAAAGAAGGAAGAAGAUACCCACAGGUUGCCAAAGUGCAUCCCUCCUGACGAAGCCUGUACCUCUCUGGACGCCAGCAUGAUUUGGGCCAUGAUGCAGAACAAAAAAACAUUCACCAAACCCCUACUGAUCAUCUCUGGAGACGAAGCCACAGAUUCAACUAUUGCCAAUCCAGUUGGGAAAUCACCACACUUUUUACCCGGCCUGGACACGCUGACCGUCAUGGGCAUUGCCUUUGCAGCUUUCGUGAUAGGAGCACUCUUGAUGGGCGCCUUGUGGUACAUCUACUCUCAUACAGGAGAGACGGCGGGAAGACAGCAAGUGCCCACCACCCCCCCUGCCUCGGAGAACAGCAGCGCCGCCCACAGCAUUGGCAGCACCCAGAGCACCCCCUGCUCCAGCAGCACCACCUAACCCCGCGGCGGGCAGGAGAGCCUCCCGGGGGCCGGGGGCGGGGGCCGGGGACCGUCCAUCACUGGGGCUUGGCCUCCAACGGGGGAGGGUUAACUCGGUUCCCUUUGGAAAGCGACAAGGGAUUUUAGCGUUAAAAAUCGCCAGGUAUAUUUGUACUCCCCCCCACCCCCCCUCGGUCAUAAUGGUUUUUUGGAUCUUUCCCUGACGUGUCAGGAUGCGCGUAAAAAACCCAAACUCUUUGUCCCUCCACUCGGUCACCUGGUUGGAGGCUUCUUAGUGGGAAACACAUAACCUUGCUUUGUCUGUUAAAAAAAUAAUCCCCUUCCUUGGGAUUUCCAGCUUAUACCUUGGUGCAAGGAGUUGGUACGGGAUAGAAAUAUGGGAAAGGAGGUAAGAAGGGCGGUUGAUGUCACCCAAAGGAGAAGCUAGACAUUAUUAGUUCGGAUUGAAGGAGCGGCGCCUUGACCCUGGGCCGCUGCCGUACCUUUGCCACAGCACUCUUACCUGGCCCGAAGCCUCCUGGGUGUGUUGGGGCGAUGGUUCCUGCCCUGGAGCCGCCUCUCUACCCACAAGGCAACGCGCCCUUCCAUUGCUGUGGGUUGGAGCUACUCCUGGUGACGUAAGCACGGGCGCCGACAGCAGCCGCCGGCCGCGCCCGGUGACCAAGGCCUGCAGCCGCUGAUCGGCCGUCCCUCUGCCUUUGCGCUCCAGUCAGGCUGGUACUGAGCUCAGCCCGGAACGUGGCACUGGGCCCCGUAGAGCCUGUCCCGGGAUAACACAUAAGCAUGCAUGGAGAUGCACGGAGAGGGUCACUAACUUAGCAUGAGUGGUUUCUAGGCCGGGAAGUAAUGAGUGCAGUGGUACUCUGAAAAUGCUGUAGGACUUCCCACCUGGACCUUACCUGUGUGUGUGUUUGGGGUGGCAAGCUCUACCCUUGCAAAAUAGGUCAAAACUAUAGGCCCAAUUUAUAUAUUAAAAAUAUAAAGUAAAAAAAAAGCAAGAACAAAACCAGAAACUUUAAUUUAAAGAUGAAAAUUAUGGUUGUUUCUGCUAAACUACUGGUUUGUUGCCUGAAUGAUAUAAUUGACUGACAAAAGUUGAGUCAAACAUGGAAGAGUUUUUAUCUGGCACCCUUGCUCUAAAUACAUCCCAAACUUAGAACAGCUUAGAGGUCACUUUUCAUGACAUGAAACUAUAUAAUGCAAACGAAAUAUCCUAAGCUGAUACCUCUGUGUUUAAUGGAUGGAAAAAAAUCCUCCAGAGGAAAUUUCUCAUGCUAAAUAAUUCACUGAUGGUGAUAGCUUCACCAGCAGUUCUUUAUUCAGUCACUUUCUAGAAUUCCCAAAGUUAUUUAGAAUUCCCUAAGCAGGACCAACCACACCCCACCCUCCCAGACUCACCAGCCAAUCUCAUUUACUUGAAGACAAUGUGCCUUGUUUCUGAUUCUCCACCAGCAGAGAUCGAACAUCAAAUUCUAAGUAGCCAUCAAAGCUCAUAUGGCAGCCAUUUGGUCAAAGUUAAAUGAGUUUAGGCAGUCUGGAAAAGUUCAUUCAGUCUAUUCAGGGGCUGUCAGAUCAAUUUAGCCCAAAUCAAUCUUUUUAUUGAAAUGAUUAGUUUGGCUAUUUAUUGAGAUGUGGAUCAAUGGGAAAAAAAAAAAAAAAACAGUUUCCAGACUUAGAAAAGUGUGGACUAGCAGGGACAUUUUUGCUUCUGGGGCUUCUCCCCCCCCCCACUUUUGAUUGUUAAACACAAUAGGCAUCAGAGUAGGGAAUCUAAAAAAUAUGCUACCUGUGUUUGGGAAUAAUGCGCUUUUGCCUAACCUUCAGCUGAAUGUAUUGUUUUAGUAUAGUCUAUGUAUAAAAAAAAAAUCUUAAAAGAUGUCUUCAAGGAAGAUGAGUCUUUAAGUCACUUAUAACUAUAUUUUACUACAUAAAAUUUGUGUAUAAAGAUAUAUUUAAAUGUUUUUGGUAAAUUUAAGUUACUCAGUAUGAAAUGUCAAAUUUCAAUUACUGUGAAUUCUUUUGGUCAACCUUUUUUUUUCCCCCUUGCUUCUUUUUUAACCCUUUCUGUCAUUAAAAAAAAUAGCUGUUCUCAUGGGAACUUUUAGAAAAUCCAUUUUUUAGAUGGACAGGGUUAAAAAACCUUUUGUAAGAUAUUUAAAUGUAUAUUUUUGGAAGAAAUAUGCUGCAUUACCAAUGAUUUUUUAUCAAGAAUUUACUCUAAUUUUAAACUAAUUUUACAAAUUUAUAUUUACAGACUGACAAACCAAAAGUUGCUAUUUGUUUUUUUAAAAAGAAAGAAAAUUGAAAGAUGUUUUUGAAAUUUUUAAACUUCUCUUUUAGAUCUGUUUGAAUAUAUCCACUUGGCCCCACCCACCUAUCUGUGGGAUUAUUCAGUUUUGAGAAAUCUGGACUAAUGGACCAUUAGUGUAGCAGGUUAUUGGGGUGAUGAAUGCUAUCAAAUAUUACUAAUGGGAUAUUUUUACAAAACAAGUUUCAGAGACCGUGUUUCCUAAGCCCCUUUCCCACCCUGCAGCCGACCACAGCCUUAGUCCAAGAAUGUACACGACUCUUAAAGCACUAUUUCUAAUGGCUUCUUAAGUCACUGUUCUGAUACAAUCCAAGCACAAGUCCUCAUUUGGUAAUAUUUACUGCAAGUUUCUCAUAAAGCUCUUCUGUGUUCUCUAUCAGCUGAACGUUUCUACCCACAAUGUGUUAUACUUUAAACAAAACAAAACAAAAAAACUAGGAAAGCUCGCUUGGUUCCAAUACUAAGAUCCUGAGGUCAGUUGAUUAGCCUGUUGGAUUCUUGUCUGAGUAAUCGAUGACAGCGCCUUCAUCAACGUGGUGCUGGGCAGGUGUUACUCUCCAUUCUGCAAGAAGCCUGCUUGGGAAGCAUUUACUGUGGGGAGGUGGUCGUCUGCUUGUCUCUUACCAUGAUUGUAAUCUCUGUGCCCUGAUUGUUUUCUGUGAUGUGUUUUGUACCAGUCUUUUCUGUAAUGAAUCUACCUCAGGGUUUGAAAGACUUGUACUGCUGGGUGUGCCAAAAGAGCACUUUUUGUUGGGUGUCGCGUGUGGGUGUGGGUGGAUGGGUGUGUGUGGGUGAGGGGCUGCGCUCGCCAGCCCGUGUUUAAAUGUUUGUGUGUUUUUGUUGGUUUGUCCUUCGUGGGGGUUGUUCAUGAAAUUAACAGAUAUUUUGAGAAAAUGUUGGUCAGUUUCCACAUACAAUGCAUCUCCAUCUCGCUCUCAUUUCUCUUUCCCUCUCUCUCUUCCACCCUUCCCUUCUCUUCCCUCCCUCUCCUCGUCUUUCUUCUCUCCUUCCUUCCUUCCUCUCUUUUUCCCUCCCUUCCUUCCUCUUUCUUCCCUCCCUCUCCCUUUUCUUCUUCCCUCUCUCCCUCCUUUCUUUUUCUACCUUCUUUCCUUUCUUCUUUCACUCUUUUUUCUUCUUUCUUUCCUUCCUUCCCUUUUCUCUUUCUCCCCUCCCCUCCUUUUUCUUUUUCUUCCCUCUCUCUUCCCCCCCCCAUUUUUUCCUCUUCUCUUUCUCUCUUUCUGCCUCAGUCUCUGUGUGUGUCUGUGUCUCUUUCUCUCCCUCUCCCUCUCCCUCCCUGCCUUAGUUUCUUUUGAAUGAGCCUGAAUUCAUUUCCGAUUUUUAUUAUCUAGGGGAACAAAAACAAAACCCCUUUAAUCCCUGUGGCCAGUUUGAACACCCCCUGCCAUUUUGUAAUUUUGCAUUCUUUUCUGCGUUCAGUGUGUUGGCAGACUUGUGAACUUGCUAAGUUGUAUAGUUUUGAUAAUCAUGGUGUUAUAUUCUUUUUAUCUCUGUGCAUAAUAAAGAUAUAUAUCAAUUAAUCAAAAA